AUGAGCAGCGCCGUAAAACCCACCGCACCCGCGAGACUUUCUGUGGAAGUCAAGGGGGCAAAUCCCAGCAACGUUACGGAGUCUGCACUCUCCACCCUGCAUCUGUAUCACCCUUCCUCCUCGAAGAUAUCGCUUCACAGCGUCCGUGGAAAGGAUGAGGACAUCGAGCUGUCUAAUCGGGCCGCGAACCCACCGUCGGGUUCUGCAGAUGUCCGGGUCGUAGAGGGACCUGCGUCGGAGGACCAGGGCUCGGGGUUACCUUCGCCUAACGCGAAGGGCGUGCGGACGAUAGCGUAUGUCCAGUUUGCGGCGCUUUGUUGGACGCUGUUCCUUGCAGGGUGGAACGACGGAUCAACUGGGCCGCUGCUGCCCAGAUUUCGUUCGGUUUACAAUGUCAACUAUACGAUCGUCUCUCUUAUCUUUGUCGCGAACUGCAUCGGCUUCGUUAUCGGAUCCGUCUCGAACAUCCUCCUCACCGAUAAAGUCGGCUUUGGCAAAGUCAUCGUGCUUGGAUCCAUAGCCCAAACCAUCGCGUACUGCAUUCAAGCCCCAGGCCCGCCUUUCCCCGUGUUCGCUAUCACGUAUGCCAUCAACGGGUUUGGGCUUGCGCUGCAGGAUGCACAGGCCAACGGCUUCGUCGCGAGCUACAAGGAGAACGCCGCGGCCAAGAUGGGCAUCCUGCACGCAGUAUACGGUGCGGGAGCCUUGGCGUCCCCACUCGUCGCGACGCAGUUUGCGCAGUUGCGGCACUGGUCGUUCCACUACUUGGUCUCCCUCGGCAUCGCCCUAUCGAACACGGCCAUCCUCGCGACCGUGUUCAGGUUUAAAACCCAAGAUGAAUGUCUAGCGCAGAUUGGCCAAGCUGCCGGUGAAACGGGGGCGAGCGAGGACAGCAAGUACAGGCAGAUCUUUGGGUUGAAAGCGGUGCACCUGCUCGCAUUUUUCAUCCUUGUGUAUGUCGGCGUGGAGGUCACCAUUGGAGGGUGGAUCGUCACUUUUAUCAUGCAAGUGCGCCAGGGCGGUGCCUCGUCCGGAUACAUCUCAGCUGGCUUUUUUGGCGGACUCACGCUCGGGCGCGUGGCACUUCUCUGGGUGAACGAGAAGGUCGGCGAGCGGCGCGUGAUCUUCAUCUACGUCCUCCUUGCCAUCGCCCUUGAGCUCGUCGUCUGGUUCGUGCCGUCCCUCAUCGGGGGCGCUGUCGCUGUCUCGCUCGUCGGCGUCCUCCUGGGCCCGAUCUACCCCAUCGUGAUGAACGAGGCGGGGCGCAUCCUCCCGCGAUGGCUUCUGACCGGCUCGAUCGGGUGGAUCGCGGGCUUUGGCCAGACGGGCUCUGCGAUCCUGCCAUUCAUGACCGGCGCGAUCGCGAACAAGGCUGGGAUACAGAGUUUGCAGCCGCUGUUGGUGUCGAUGAUGGCACUGCUGUUCGUGUUGUGGGCGCUAGUGCCAAAAGGCCACCAGCGUGCGGACUGACUGAUCUUGUGCUGGUACCACGUCUCGCUAUGCACCAAGUAAUAUAGGACUUAUUCACG